CCAACCCGGUGAAGAGGCGUGAAAGGGAUGGGGCGGAGUCUCGCGAGAGUUGGAGUUGGCUGAGAGUUUGUGGAAGAUGGCGCCUGUUGUGACAGGGAAGUUUGGGGAGCGACCUCAACCCAAACGCCUCACCAGGGAAGCAAUGCGAAAUUAUCUUAAGGAGCGUGGCGAUCAAACUGUACUAAUUCUACAUGCUAAGGUUGCACAAAAAUCUUAUGGGAAUGAGAAAAGAUUUUUCUGCCCUCCUCCAUGUGUAUAUCUAAUGGGCAGUGGGUGGAAGAAAAAGAAAGAUCAGAUGGAGCGAGAUGGAUGCAACGAACAAGAAUCACAACCAUGUGCAUUUAUUGGGAUUGGAAAUAGCGACCAAGAAAUGCAGCAACUUAACUUGGAAGGAAAGAACUAUUGCACAGCCAAAACAUUGUACAUAUCAGAUUCUGACAAGAGAAAGCACUUCAUGUUAUCAGUAAAAAUGUUUUAUGGUAAUAGUGACGACAUUGGCGUCUUUCACAGUAAGCGGAUCAAAGUAAUCUCCAAACCUUCUAAGAAGAAACAGUCCUUGAAAAAUGCAGACUUAUGUAUUGCAUCAGGAACAAAGGUGGCAUUAUUUAACCGACUUCGUUCACAGACUGUCAGCACACGUUAUCUGCACGUAGAAGGAGGAAAUUUCCAUGCCAGUUCACAACAGUGGGGAGCUUUUUACAUCCAUUUAUUGGAUGAUGAAGAAUCGGAGGGAGAAGAAUUCACAGUGCGCGAUGGAUACAUUCAUUAUGGUCAGACAGUGAAGCUGGUGUGUUCUGUUACUGGGAUGGCACUCCCCAGACUGAUAAUUCGUAAAGUGGAUAAACAAACAGCUUUAUUAGAUGCAGAUGACCCAGUAUCACAGCUCCAUAAGUGUGCAUUUUACCUGAAAGAUACUGAAAGAAUGUAUCUGUGCCUUUCUCAAGAAAGGAUAAUCCAAUUUCAAGCAACUCCAUGUCCAAAAGAACCAAACAAAGAAAUGAUAAACGAUGGAGCCUCUUGGACAAUCAUAAGCACAGAUAAGGCUGAAUAUACUUUCUACGAGGGGAUGGGGCCCGUACAUGCACCUGUGACACCUGUACCUGUUGUAGAAAGUCUUCAGUUAAAUGGAGGUGGGGAUGUUGCAAUGCUUGAGCUCACGGGACAGAAUUUUACACCUAAUCUGCGAGUUUGGUUCGGUGAUGUGGAAGCUGAAACCAUGUACAGGUGCGCAGAGAGUAUGCUCUGUGUUGUUCCAGAUAUUUCUGCAUUCCGAGAGGGUUGGCGAUGGGUACGUCAACCUGUUCAAGUCCCAGUCACACUGGUUCGAAACGAUGGGAUUAUCUACUCUACGAGCCUUACUUUCACAUACACACCAGAACCUGGACCAAGACCACACUGCAGUGCUGCUGGAGCCAUCCUUAGAGCUAAUUCCAGCUUGAUGGCAUCAAAUGACUCGAACACAAACAGUGAGGGAAGUUACACAACUGUCAGCACAAACUCAACUAUUGUCACGUCAGCAGCAACGGUAGUCUCCUAACUACUAAAGUGGUUUAGAGACAGUGACCAACUCUUGGGAAGGGAGAGGAUGCAAAACUGUUGAAGUGCUGCAAAGAAAACCCCUACUAGUAUCAUCAAUUCUUGUGGUAUUGUGGAAAUCACCUUUGUUCAGAUGGUGGACAUGUCAAGCAUUGAUAAUCUGCAAGAGGUGUUACCACAUUAAGAAAAUACACCCAUGUAUAAAACUUUAUAAAGAGCUAAAAUGAAUCUAUUUUUCAGCUGUUUAAAGCAAGGGCAAGAUAUAAAGAAUUUGGGUGGGAUGUUGGUAAAGAAGACUAGAGAAUGCAUACAAAAAUAACAUAGUUUCUACGGACCAAGAAACUUGUAUAAGCUUUAGUGGAGGUACAGUUUCACCAUACCUUUUUUGUAUUAUACAUAUAGUACACUUUUGUUACCAAAUAGUUUAUAUUUUCUUCCUAUGAGCAAUGGGCUCUGAAGUAUCCAGGUUCCAGGCCUGACCUUGCUGUAUAUUCUCAUCACCUACUAUACCAGUAAAGACCUAUAUUUUGGUCACUGGCUGGAACUGUCCUAAUUUUUAUUUUUUUUUAAAAAAAGCAAGUUGUGACUUUAUUAUCAAUUGAAGGUGGUGUUUGAGGGGAGAACCUUAUUUUUAUGAUUAUCUGUCAAUCUGCAUUACUGUACUUAAUGGAUGUCUCAAUAUGAUACCUUAAUGAUUUGGGACAAAAAUCAGUUACAAUAUCAUGAUCUUUAUCAUAAUUUAAAAAACAAAGAAGCACUAAAGUCAAUCUGGCUAAAUAUGAUCUGUUACACAAAGGCAAUCUAAACACCGAUGUAAGCUGGUUCCUCUGCUGAAACAGAACAGACAAAGGAAAAGUAAAUUACAUCUUUGAUUCUAGUGAUAAGUUUGAAAAAUUAGUGUAUUGCAAGCCUUGUGUUAAGAUUAAGUUACUUCAAAUCUAUCACCUUAAAGGGGUGUGUACUCAACUAUGCAGAGCGCGCAGCAAUAACUUAGGUGUCUGUAUGCUUACUGAUGUCUCAGUUGCCGAUCUGCUGUGUGUUUAAAAACCACUGGUUUGAAGCAGGUUGGUAAUGGGUAAUUUUUGGUAUGCUCCACCUCGUGUGAUAUCUUAAUAUUUUGUACAAUAACACAAGCCAAUUUAUGACAGAACAUCAUGAUGUCACAUAAGGGGAGUCAUACAUACAGUUUCAAGCUUUCUUUAAAUAGUUUUAAUGCACAGUAACAUUGUGGGUAAAUGCAAUACCAGUUAGUGUACAUCUCCUUUUAAAAAAUUUAGCAUUGUGACAACUCAAUUGACUACACUUUAAUUCACAUUUUGCUGCUUUUUGUGCUGUUCAACUGGUUCUUCCUCUUACUUAAUACCAAAAGGGUUAUUUUUUGUUCUGAAUUCUCAGGAUUACCACUGCAAUCAGAUUGUGGCUGCUAUCACAUUUCCAAAAUUGUGAUAUUCUUUCAUAUCAUCUCUUACGGCAUUGUGAUAUUGGAGCAUCCCAGUGUACUUCAAAAGAAAAAUCAGAAGCUUUAAGUAGCUUCUGCUCUGUCUGCAAUACAUACAACAUUACAGAUAUGUUAAACAUAGCUUUAUUUUUUCAAUCAUUUUAAUAAAACAGUAUUUAGUAAUAUCUGGUAGAUUUGCUUUGCCACUUGAGUGAAAACUGAAGUUUAAUGGAUACACUGACACCUGAUAAAUGAGGUUCUGCUAUUAACUGAACUAGAAAUGUGGCCAUUUAAGUAUUGCAUUAAUUUUGUAUGAUUUUUCCCUCAAAAAGCACUGCUUUUGUAUGUUGAAACAUGUUCCCAGCUUUUUUUAAUAGUUACAAUACUUCCACAAGUGAUAGUUCAAUUUUUUUGGUUAUUUGUUGCUCCAGUGGUUUAUUUUUUAUUUCAUGUUAAAAGUGAAAAGUUGUAUAUAAAGUGUAAUUUGUUCUUAAUCUGUCCCGAACAUACUGAUGCCACGUCUGUUACAUUCAAGCUGCAAAAAAGCUGUUUGUAAGUUAGUAGAGAGUUGUAGUCCUAUGGAUUUUGGUCCAGUGUUCUAUGGUGCAAGACUGCUGUCUUUUCACUGAAAGUUAAUAUAAAGGAUCUCAAGUUUGGCAUUUGGGACAUUGGGACAGAGUUUGACAAGUUAGUGGCCACAUGUAUGUUAACAAAUAUGAAUAGGGCAUUCAAUAUAAAAUAGCUUUAUAGCCUCUUUGGGUAUACUAAAAUGGCAAACAUUGAACAUAGACCAGAAUAGGGGAAAAAGAGAGUGCUGUAUUAAGAUUGUCCUCUGUCCCUCCAUAGUCUAUGUGCAUGUCUCGUCAGACUGGGUCUUUGUCUUCUAAUGUUAAUAUGGCUACCUCCUUCCCCUUCAGAGUUGGAGGGCUGAGCUCAUUUAGUGAGCAGAUUCUAUGGCGCCAUGGUCACAGUCUCAAAGCCAACUGCUUAAUAUGUUUUAUAUCUUGUGGACUCUCCAAAGUGCUUCACAAUCAAUGCGUUGCUUUUGAAAUAUAGUAACUGUUAUAUAUCAAAAUAUGUUAGCUGGUUGCAAAUGAGAUUGCUUUUAAUGGAGAUUUUGUUGGUCCGGAAAUCAGGCGAGCAUCCUGUAAGCAGUACCAUGAAUUUUCUUUUUUUUUUGCAGACCAUCUAACAAAGCUGUUGCUUCACCUUCAGCAAUGCAGCAGUCUGCUCAGUGUUUCCUUAACUAUCAGUCUAGGGCGUGUGUGUUUUAUGUCCCGCGUGAUGCUGGAACCAAGACCCUGUGAUUCAGAAGAAUACAAUAUGCUGCAUCACACUGACAAUCAUUUCGUCAUGGGUAUAAGACUCAAAUGAGUGUAAUUUCUUUAAAAUAUAAAUAGUCAUUGCCUUGAAUCUAUUUCCACCUAUAUUCGCCUCAGCUCUAAAUAUUCUAGAAAUAAGGGAAGUGCUUCCGACGUGAAGUAUUUUUUAAAAAAUUAGUGAAUUUUAUUUUUAGUGCUAAUCCCCCUUGAAUUGUUAACCUGAUAUUGGUUAUGAACUCGGAUAUUGAGCAGUUUUGCAGUCAAUUGGCAUUCAAGAUCAAAAAAUUACUGAUUUGCCAGCAAAGUUUUUACAGUUGGCUAAAUGCUAUCAAAUUUCAGACCUGAUAUAUUAAUUCCAUUGUCAUAAAAGUAAUUUCUUCUGCCUUGUCAAUUUAAGCAAAUAAAUUUUGGAGACAACUCCAAGUAUUCUUUUGGCACUUGGGAAAAACAAGUUAUGAAUGGAAACAACUGUUCAAGUUUUAAAAAAAAAAGUAAAAUUUAAGUUAUUUGAUACUUUGAUCUAUUUCCAUUGGUCAGACAACUUGGGGUAGAAUGGAAGUCAAUUUGAAGGGUAGACAUCAAAUAUUUUCCAUCAGGAAUAAGAAAAGGCCAACCAGCCCAUUAAGUUUGACCCUUUUUAGUUUUUUAAUUCAUCCAACCUAAUGUUUAACUGUGACUUGAACGUCCUGAUGUGUUUGUUUUUUGUCUUUUCCACAGAUCAUUUCAUUAGUUUAUCAUCCAUUAUUCCAUCCCUGGAUCUAUUUUGAAUUUAUUUUGCACUAAACACCUGCUAAUCUAACAAAAGGUUGAUAUUUAUUUUUACAAUGCAGCAUUUUUAUUCCCUUGAUGAACGUAAACUUCUCUAAUCUUUCCUUAUAGCUCAUCCACUUUACAUCUUGCUGUGUAAGUCUUGUUGCUGUUCUCUGCAUCCUUGUUAGUGCAUCUGUAUCAAUUUUAAAAUGUAACCAGAAUUGUACCUGAUAUUGCAGGACAUUGUUCCAUGCAUUAUAAAACAUCAUGUGAUAUUUGUAGACUUGUAAUCCAUUAUUCAUGGUAUGUAUCACAUUUUUUUGCUCUUCAAAUUGCUAACCCACAUUUUCUCAACAUUGGAAGUGGUGAGCCUGCUGUCACUCCCGAGUGGUCCUCUGCCAAUUCUGUUCUUUGUAUCUGUGCUGCUUGAACAUCUUUUUUCCUAAAAUUCACUACAUUGCAUUGUUAGGUUUAAAGUUUGUUUGCCAGUUACUGUACUAAUGCUCAUCAAGACACGGAUGAAAAGUAGUCAUGUACGUGUGCUGGAUGGUGUUCAAUACCAGCUUAAGUUAGAGUUUUCAGAAGAACAGUUCAAAAUUGAUACUGAAAAAUGGCAGAAGAAAGUACCUUUUGUAUUCUGUGACUAAAACAGUUGUGUUUUUCAAGGCAUAUGUUAGGAUUUCAUUGUUCUGGUAUGGAUGUAUUUCUACUAGUAUUUUGAUACUACAAUUGACUAGGAUUUUAUAGAUUUGGUAAUUUUGGAAAUAAAAUUGCUUGGGUUUUCA